AUGUUGGUGAGAAGUGUACUUAAGGCACUAAGGGGUCAUCAUCAUCUUCGAUUGACGAAUACUUACAUCAGAUCACAAAACUGUAGUUUUGAUGCGUUGAGUCCUUGUGUGGAUGUCAAAAACCUUCAGUCACGAAAUAUGAUAGACAAGUGGAUCCAUCGCUUAAAGAAAGAACGUGUGCCUGAAGCAGAAUUAUCGGUGAAGUUCAUCACAGAACAUGUCCUUGGCAAGGACAGAGCAGGGGUAUGUAUGUAAAAUUCUAGAACUCAUUUUUGUAAAACCAGUUUUGAGUGGACCCAAUUCAAACCUUCAACCUUCAACAAACCCCCCCCCCCCCCACUUCUGGGUCAACACACCGGCCUUUUGAAAUCCCUCAAGGGCCGAAGUUGUGUUCAAAUGCCCCACUCAAGUGCCAGAUUGGAUCACCAGUUUUUUUUGUAAAAGGUAGGAUUAGCAACCAUGACUUUUAAGACCUAAUUGUUUUAAAUCGAGAGACCCCAUCUCUGAGGUAGUGUUUAUUCUUUGAGGCCAAGAGGCCUUAAAUAAGCAUCCCCCCCUCCUCCCUGCCUACCACUCCCCCCCUACAGGAAAAAAACUGAAGUGCACAAGGGGAGUUUUUAUUGGCUUUCAAUCUCCAAAUUCAUGGUUAGUGGUACAUGUGUACAUCUUCAUGUAUUGUUAUUAUUUAUUGUUUUGUUACUAAAUAGACUUAAUACUUGCUGACAAGGUGAAAAUUCCCCAAACACCUAGCUUCAAAUACGCACCCACCUUAAAUAAGGCUGCACCCUUUCUCAAAGUCCAAAAGUUAAAGAAGCUCAAAUGGCACUUAAUCAAAUAGACAUGGUGUGACCAUGUGGUAAGUUUGUCAGAUUGCAUGUAGGUUAAUCACUGUUUUCAUUCCUAUUCUUUCAGGUUUCUGGUGUCAGAGAAAACAGUCAGAAUUUAACAAGAGAAGAGAUCAAGAAAAUUAAUAAACUGUGUCAUCAGAGAUUACAAAGGUAUUACAGUAGACUGUUUGGUACGUUAAAAUAAGGAUCAAGGGGGAAUAGUCAGGGUGCCUUGGUUUACACAACAGUUCUGAAAGGUAAAAGUUGUAAGGAAUUAUGAAAACACAUUAUUGUGGAAUUUACUCUCCAAAGUUGCAAUAGGCUGUCAAAACACAUGAAUUCUUUGACUCCUCAGAGUGACUAGCAUCUAAUUUCUCCUUACAAUAUCACCCCUGAAUUGAACAAGGACGUCAUGAGAAUUAAGGAAAUGAUCAGUAACUAAAGAAGCUCUUGAUUUGUUAUAUAAAUUCUCCUUGUCAGCACUCUAUGGCUUGGAAAAUGUAUAGAGAACAGUGUGGAAAAUAUGAAUAAAGAUUUUAGGGUGUAAAGAGUUAAUGUGAUUGUCAAUGUACCCUCCAUUUAGGGGGCAGACAUGACAGUGUUUGAUAGAGAGGGUUUGUGACAUGAAAUCCGGGUUUCUCUGUGAAUUUUACAUCAGCACAAUUAAUUUUAACUUAGAUUUUGACAUCAGUUAUUUUGUAAAAAUGGUUGCUUUCAUUGUCCUUAGUUUUUUUUUUGAAGGCCUGAUGUAUUUCGAAUUGUAUUUUUGUAGAGUUCCUGUUCAGUAUAUUAUUGGUGAAUGGGAAUUUCGCCAUUUGACAUUGUCAAUGGAACCACCUGUUUUUAUUCCAAGACCAGAGACUGAGGUGAGGAUGCUUUCAAGGUUGUUUUCCAAGUUUUGUACAAGAGUUUGAUUUGUUCACUUUGGUGUCAUGUAUCUAGGUUUUUGUAUGACGAGAUCUUCAGUUUAAACAGCUUUUACAAUCAUAAUAAAUAUGUCAAUAAUUAACUCUUCCCAAUUUCAGGAACUAAUUGAUUUGGUAGCCAAACAUCAUGUCCAUGAUGAAACUGAAGGUAGUUCCUUCUCAUUCUUGGAAAUUGGGUGUGGAAGUGGAGCCAUAUGUUUGUCUAUAUUGACUGAGUUUUCCGAGGUAAUUUUGUCUUGUUGCAUGCAACAAGUUGUUGCAGCAACUUUUGAUAGCAUCUCAUCUAAUUGCCAAUUUAACAAGCUUCCCUUGAAGCAAUUGCGUUUUUCUUACUCUGUUUAACUUUAAUGUGCUAUAUUGACUUGAAUCUUUAUUUUCUUGUGUGAUGCUAGGCUACAUGUGUAGCCAUUGACAAGAAUAAAGCGGCAGUUAACCUAACAAGGCACAAUGCAAACAGGUGAGAGAAUAUGCGCUUUUUGGAUGCUUCCCUCUCCACCUUUAUCUUAAUUUAAUGUUAUGAUUUUAUGGUUUGGAGAAAACUGUAAUAAAUAAAACAUAAAGGGGUAGUUUCUAAAGAAACAGUGGUGCUGCGUCGGUGGGAGAAUAUAACAGGGUAAUUUAGUGUUAUCAACUGAGUUGAUAACGUAAAUUGGCCACCGUAAAGAGUUUAAAAGCUGACGUUUCGAGUGUUAGCCCUUCGUCAGAGUAAUUGUCUUCGUCUGUCGAAGGGCUAACGCUCGAAACGUCAGCUUUAAAACUCUUUACGGUGGCCAAUUACGUUAUCAACUCAGUUGAUAAUACUAAAUUACCCAGCUACGAGAAUAGACUGCAAGCAGUCCCUGAAAGAUUUCGGCGAAGUCCUUCGCAUGAUUGAAAAAAAAAAAUCAGUAAACAUUAUAUUGAUAUCAGCGCGCCGCGCGGAACUCUGUGAGUGAGGUGCAGGAACAGAACUGGCGAUACUUUUUUUAAACGACGCUUCAUGGGCCUCACUCUCAGAGUCUUAUCGGAAAAGGGAAGCCGGAAACCGAGGGCUCUGUCAGAGUACAACACGAAAUAAUUAAAUCUUGGAUUGCUCUUUAUUUCAGAUGCAAUGUAAGUGACAGGAUAGAAUUGCAUCAUGCCGAUGUUCGUAAGUAGUUUUUUUCAAAUUUAACCCUGAUUGGAAUAUUUGCCACCGCGUACCACCUAAAAGCGCGGGAAAACGUAUUAUUCCGCACCAGCUGUCUCGGCAGGAAAAUUUGUAACCGGUACCUGUCUGAAGCAAGGGGAAAUGUGUGUGCGUGUAACUGCUCAUAGCGUGGUAAACUUGUUAUACGCAGUUAUAUCGAGAGCUUUCAUCAUGUAAUAUCUUGGAGUGCGAGAAAACCUAUUUCGUUGCAACGGCUUAAGUCGCGAGUAAGUUUGUUACCUCAAGCUUCUACCCUUUCCGAAUCAUUUUUCUGCCUUUCAGAAUCUGUCCUACCGUUACUUGGGUCAAGAAAGUUCGAUGCUAUUAUCAGCAAUCCUCCUUAUAUUCCCUUAAAAGACAUGGCUCUGUUACAACCUGAAAUCUCCAGGUUGGUUUAUUUGUAUAUUUGUGAUAGUUGGUUAAAGGUAUGGUUAAUGGCGAUAAGCGUGAAUAAAGAAGAUUGAAAACAAACCUACACACAAAGUACAAAACAAACAAAAAACAAUGUCGAUGAUUUGAUUUGAUUUUCUUUUUGUCAGAUAUGAAGAUGAACAUGCUCUAUGCGGUGGACCUGAUGGGUUGGAUGUUGUUAAAGACAUUUUACGUGUAUCACCGAUGCUAUUAAAGCCUACAAGACGUAGGUGAGUACCUGAGAUUGUUACGCAGUUACGCUCUAUUAUAGCUGGUUUGAUAUAGAUAGACAAGCCCCAACGCGGAGUUUCGCUGGGUUAAUAAUGAAACGUUCUUCAUUGUAUUCGACUUUCUACAAGUUACCUAGUAGUUCCUAUAAAAAUAACUAAAUGAGAGACCUAAAUGGACAGUAACAUUUUUAAGGGAAGGCGAGAAGUCAGGUUGAUCCGGCUUAACAUUUGUAUUAACACGUCGAGCCCGUAAUGUAGCUUGUUGUGCAUGCGAAAAACACAAUUUUGUGAACCAAUGAUCGCGUGACGAACAAAUUUCGCGGUCUUGCUGGGUUACGUUUUUUCUUAGGUAUGGGGCUCCACUUUGCGGCCUCCGCGCACAGUUCUUCCGCAUAUAACUUUCCCAUUCUAUCAAUGUUUCAAAGAUAACAACUUGACGUGGAAUUAUUCUAUCGCAGCUCGGUAUGGUUAGAGGUGGACAUUUCUCAUCCUACGUUGAUCGAUGAAUGGAUCAGUGGCAACGAUCUUGGGUUGAAAUACUCCGCAACUUUCAACGACUUCACACGAAGGUUAGACAGUAAUACGCUUUUGAAAGAGUCAGAAGUAGAUAUAGAAAAGAAGUACAGUUUUUUUUUCAGAGCCAUACAACUGACCUUCAAAAAAGGUUAAUACACCUGACCAAUCAUAACGCUGAUAGCUAAAGAACCAAUCGGCGCGCUGAGCGAUAACGUACAGCCGGUGAAAAGGGCGGGAAAGCACGCAACACUAACUUAGAUAAUUACCGCUGUCAGUAUGCGUCUGCAGAAAAAUGAAAAAUACCAAGGGGUGAAAGGGGGGAAGGGAGCAUAGGUCUGCAAAGGGAGGAGAGGGAUCCCAGUUUUGCAAUGGUACUGUGAUGGGAUUUUCGGGUGCAGGUGUAAAGUUGGUGUCUAUAACUGAUUACAAACCCCUGCAAUCGAUGAAUCCUAGAUUAGAAAGAGGCUUGCAAAUCCAACAUCCGAAGAGUUAUCAUUAGAAUUUUGAUUCAGAGGAAGUUCUUUCGGCGAGCGAACGCUUAACACCUCUUCGCGAAAAGUGUGGCCCCCUUCUUGGGUUCUAGAAGCAGAAGAAGGCUGGGGAGAGAAAAAAUACUUUUAUUUGGACGCGGGGAGACUGGCCCCUUAGUCGAAAUCAAAACCUUUCAGAAGCCUGGGAUUUAUUUUUGUUCCCAGUCCACUGAAUCUACAUAGCAACAGGAUCGGCUGAUAAAUGAUUGUGGACUCCAAACGGAGUCCAUACGAGCGAAACUUUUACUUAGCUUGUCAUUUUAAUGUUUGUUUGUGUGUUAGUUUUCCUGCCUUUAUCACCUCUUGUUCUUCCUAGUAUUUACUGCUCCUAGUUUUUAUCGUUUUUUACUUGAUAAGGACUUAAAGGUAGCGUCGAAAGGUCGUCGACUUUGUUUUUAAGAAAUGUGGUAUAACCAAUUUUUUAUAGUUAAAUGUUUCUCUACACUCUUCCUCCUCUGUAAAAAAACGCGAAAGAAGCGAUCGUAAACUUAUAAUAAAUAAAGAUAGUUUAAGUGGAAGAAGGUUAAAAGGAAUUGCGCGAGAAAAACUUGGACAAUUUUGGCUAAACCUUUCCAGAUGAUCAAAGAAUCAGUUUUGGUAUAACAAAAAAAAAAAAGAUUAAGCUCGCUCUGUCUUCAAACAGUGAGCGAAAUGUUAAUCUGGCACUGAGUUUUGAAACGUAAUAUGAAAUAACACAAGUUUAAAAGCAAAAAAAUCGAACGUCGAAACCCACGCAUCUCCUGAAUUGAAACACCUGCUCCUCAUGAGUUCGUUUGACACGUCACCGAUUGAUAAAUUUUUCCGUUUCCAGCCUCCUCUCGGGCUACAGUGCCAUAACACAAAACUACAAACUUCAAAAUAACUUUUAAAUAGUGAAAAUUCUAUGAUGAAACUUGAGAUUUUUUUUAUUUCCAUUCUAGAUACACUGGGACGACUUUCCGAAAUUGAAAUCAUUAAUUUACUCUAUAUUUCAUUUUUAAAGUCAAUUUGUAUUGAGUGUGGUAAAAAUCUUCCCGGGAGUUAAAAUUCAAACCUAUGUCCAAUACCGGCAUUUUUAUUUAUUUAUGAAAGUCAGAAAACCUGCGUGGUUAUUCAUAUGAUUUCGCUCCUUGCGUUUAUCUCCAUCUCAAGCGGCGUUUAUAAACAUUACUUUUCCUUCUCUUUUUUUGCGAAUGUAAAAUCCUUUGUUUAAAAUUCUGAAUAGACUGGAGGGCGCUUGAAAGAGGUACUCCUCUGAUUUUGCCGUCAGAUAAUCAUAAAAACGCGUAAUACUAAAUUACGUGGGAUUGGAAAUUAAAAGACCUUUGCCCAAUUGUUCAAAGUGAGGAUAACGCUAUCUUACAGAUAAAUCGUUAUCUUGCGGAUAGAUGUUAACAAAACGUACUGUGCUCGCCAUCGGGUAGAGAUUUAUCCAGUGGAUAACGAUUUAUCUAGCGGAGAAAGUUAUCCACCCUUCGAAUAAUCGGGGCUGGCACCUCGAUGAGUCCAGUAAGCCGAAAAAAGUUAUUACCUCCAUGAUAAAAGUUUCACUGACUUGAAAUUUUUAACACCUGCGGUUUGUAACAUAUAUUUUUGGGAUUUUUCUAAGUCCAUCUUAUGAUAAUUGCAGACAUUUCGUCGUCUUUUUGAAAAAACGUGUUCGAUUGCAACACUUUAGAGACCGCAAAGUUAGAGUUGGUUGCUAGGGAAAAAUAUUAUUUUUAGUGAUUUUAAUCCAAGUGAUUAUAAAUGUACAGAGUGAAAGGAAGGAAGAGAGGAAAGGUGUGAACAGAAGUUAAAACUUCCUGCCUUUAGAUGUUCCUGUCUUUAUUAUUUAAAAUCUUUUAAAUUAGACUAAAAUGAGUCAGCUAAAAAAGACAUUCAAAAAAAGUCAUUUAAGAGGCGAUUAAUUGAUAUAUUUUUUUUGGCCAUUUUAGGUACGAAGUCCUGUUAAUUCGUUUCCGCGGGUUCGUUUAUAGGUUCCAAACUUGUUCCCUGGAUGGGAAAAAUCCAUUAAAGUUACAAUUAAGAAUGUUAAGUUUGGCCUUCCCGUCCGCAUUAAUGCAAAAAGUUGUACAAAAAAAACGGAACUUUUCGAAAAAUUUUUUUUAUUUUAGGACGUCGGCUUUUUGGUGAACUUAAUAAGGGAUGUAUAGAUUUCCAUCAUUCAAAACUAACCGGAUUUAUUGUGGGCAUAGUGCAGACCUUUGUUAGAUUUUUUCGGCCAGAUACUCGCGAGGAUACAGCUAACUCGCGAGUUUCUCUCGCGCUUACCCCUCGCGUGUUUCCUCGAAGCAUCUCAUUUACAGUUUGACAGACCGUGUUUGUGAAUCACAUUUUCAUUAAAUUUUCUAGGACUAUGUUUUAAGCAAUUAAAGUUGCGACUUUCUGUUAAUGAUGAAAUGUGAAUUGUGCCCGGCAUUAAGUCCUCUGGUAGACGGAAACAGUGAAAGACGAAAAACCAUUACCUAAUAGUGGAUCGAAAUCUUAGUCACUAUUAUAACUAUACAAUUUUUUAGGGCUCUGCGAUCAUAAGAAUUCAAGAGAAGAAGCCUUAAGCUUGGUUGAAAUUAGUGAAUAUGAUCAGUUCAGACCGAGACUAUGGCUGUAAAAAUGUGUUUUCAGAGCUUUUAUCUAGCGGUCAUGACAAACCUGCAAACUUGGCUACGUCGUACCAUAAAAAUUUCUGUUGAUCAUAAAAAGGCUCGGUGAAGUCGAAAUACUAUACAUUUUCCUCCCCCGCCUCCCCUUCCGUGAGUCCAUUCCUCCUCUUUCAACCCCUUGGGCUCCUCCCCCCUAGUUAUCCGUCCCGAGGGGCCCGUUUCUUGAAGGUUCAGGUAACUUAACGAGCCCGUAGAGCUGUUCCGUUUUCAGUCAAGAUGAAGGUUUUAAAAGUUUUGAAAAUGAUAUAAUAAAACUAUCAACUAAAGAAACGAAAUAAUCUGGUUAGGGUGCCAGAACCUUCCUUUUCCAUUGUUUAAAUUUCGAUUUUAAAAUAUGGCUUCGGGCUCGCUAAGUUACGUGGAGAUUCGAGAAACAGGCCACUGGUCUUUCUCCCUGGCUCCUUUCCCUCCGUCCAAAUCUUCUUCCUCGCCCAGUCACUUAACCACCUCCUCUUCCAAUCGUUCACUUAAAAUAAGCGCUUUCAGCAGUAAGCAGUGACAUGGUCUAUUCACUGACCUUAUAUGUUGUUUUAUAUAAUAUAUUGGAGGGUGUAACAAAACGCAAACCAAGAGUGUAUAAGGGAAGAAGCGUGAAGAGAAAAUGAGAUUCUCUCACGCUCCAUGCUUGCCUAUGCGCGCUCGCUUUGCUCUCCAAACUUCACUCGCUUCACUGUACUUGCUAUAGCCAAUGAUAAAGCAAAACGGCCGUAGCGGGCUCAUAGUUGCGUUAUCGAUUCGAGGAAGACGGAAUGUGCUCCAACUGGGAUCUCUCCAAAUUCUUAUGAACAGCAAAUAACAAAUAGCAAUGUACUGCAGAAACUGUAUACUACGUGAAUAGUAAGCUGAAGUAGCUUUUAAAUCCUUAUAUCGGUUUUAAAAAAGUAAUCUCUUAACUCUCUCUUGAAGAGACUUUUGUUGAUUUUUCAUUACAGGCCAAGAUUUUGUCAUAUCACCCGAAAAUAA